GGACAGGGCAGUUUUACAUGUGUUUAGUCCAAUAUCGCCAAGGUGUUCUUGUUCCAGCAGAAGGGUCUACGUUGAUUCCUUUAGGAAGGGAUAGGGAACUAAUCCUGGUAUUAUUAAAUUUAAACACAAGAAGAUGGAUUACAAGCUGCAAAUAUUUGGGGUCAAAUCCCACCUUGAAAUGCAAUCACUAGAUGACAGGUCCACGCAUGAGGUUGAUGACAACCUGGGAAGGGAUGCUCGACAUUCUGUUAAUGCUGUAGAUCAACAAGAAUCAUUUUCUGUUAGUUUGCCAGAUGGUGGUAGAGGUAGAGGCGUGUACAAGAGUAUAAAAACUGUAGUUCUGUCAAAGAAAUUCAACUUGCUGAUUCCCUUUGGGCCUCUAGCAAUCGUCGUCCAGAAAACGACUGGUCAGAAUGGUUGGGUCUUUAUUUUUGGCUUAUUGGGUAUAAUGCCUUUGGCUGAGCGUUUAGGUUAUACUACAGAGCAGUUGGCUUUUUACAGUGGACCUACAGUCGGGGGUCUUCUAAAUGCUGCAUUCGGGAAUGCAACAGAGCUGAUUAUAUCAAUCUAUGCACUGAGAACUGGAAAGAUACAUGUUGUUCAGCUUGCAUUGCGUGGCUCACUUCUGUCAAACCUGUUGUUUGUUCUGGAAUGUGCAUUCUUCUUUGGUGGGAUUGUUAGAAAGGAGCAGGUUUUCAGCAAGCCGACAGCUGUUGUCAAUUCAGGACUGCUGUUGAUGGCGGUCAUGGACCUACUGCUCCCAGCAUUCCUCCAUAGCACACACAAGGAAGUGCAUUUGGGGAUAUCAGAGUUGGCUCUCUCAAGAUUUAGUGGUUGUAUCAUGCUUCCAGCCUAUAUUGCCUAUAUCGUUUUCCAGUUAAAGAAUCUAAAUGAUCUGGAAGAAAGUCAGAAUGGAGACAACUUAGAUGAUGAUGAAGAAGCCCCAGAGAUCUCUAAAUGGGAAUCAGUGAUCUGGCUUGCAUUUAUGGCAGCUGCGAUCUCUAUCCUUUCGGAGUAUCUGGUUGAUGCCAUAGAGGAAGCAUCUCUGGCUUGGGGUGUACCGGUCGCUUUUAUUACUGUUAUCUUGCUUCCCAUAGGUGGGAACACCGCAGCAGUUACAACCUCAGUCAUGUUUGCCAUGAAAAACAAACUUGAUGUGUCUUUGGGAGUAGCAAUAGGGUCAUCAACGCAGAUUUCCAUGCUUUGGAUUCCCUUGUUAGUUGUUAUCGGAUGGAUAUUUGAGCGCCCGGUGGACUUAAACUUUCAACUUUUCAAGACAGCAACUCUGGUCAUGACUGUUCUAUUUGUAGCCUUCUUGAUGCAGGAAGGAACUGCCAAUUACUUCAAGGGACUAAUGCUUCUUUUCAGCUAUCUGAUAGUGUCUGCAAGUUACUUUGUACAUGAAGACCCUUCCUCCUGAUGAUAAGCAACCAACAACAGGAUCGAUUGAAGCUGUGGUAUUACUUAGGAGUAGAAUUCUAAACCUACAAGAAGAAAGAGGUGAUGGAUUAUUAUGCUACUAUCAUUCAUCACACAUGUUAGCUAGCAUAACGAGUAGUGCUCCUCUUUACGGGAGCCGAGGUCUAUUCUCUGUUCUCUUAAGACUUCUCCAGAUGUAUAUGGAAAAUCUUAUCUGUAUAUAGGAAUGUAAGAAAAAUCUUCUGUCUUUAAUGUAUGUAGUAUAAGAUAAGUCGAUCAGAAAAAUCUUCUGUCUUUAAUGUAUGUAGUAUAAGAUAAGUCGAUCAGAAUUCACAAAAAUCUGUUAAAACUUGAAGUAAUUUGAGAAUCAAAGUGUAGCAGAUCAGUGAAGACCUGUCCAGGAAAGUAGUCGCAAGAACAACAAACCAGAGGGCUGUUAGAUGACUUGGGAUGGGAAGCUGGUGGCUGCCCUGCUAAUCUCUUUCCAUGGACAGACAAAAAUCCCUGUUGCAUUAUUUCUGUCUGCUUUUCUUUAGCAACUAGGGAAGGUUUGUUACUUAGGGAAAACAUUGAUUCUAGACUUGAUGUUUCGGCAAAGAACCAAUUUAACUGCAUCGUAAUAGUAAUCGUAAUGGUAAUCUAAUAGAAUCUCACUGAUUUUAUCUUGUACGAUUGCUAUUAUUGUGUUGACAGCAAAUAUCUUACUAUGCCCUGCAGUCCGGUGACUGUUUCAGAUCAACAGAAAUAAAACUCGGUGCAUUCAUUGCA